UAAGCAUCAGAAAUAGAUUUAUCAAAAGCAUUAUGUUUAAAGAUCAAUCAAUAAUUUGUUUAAAAUGUCGGAUAUAUUUUAGGGACUAAUUAAAUUAGUCUUGGUAAUUUCUGGAGGUCCCUUGAAGAAUACUAGUACUCUUGCUGAUAUUCAACGUUUGAUCCACGAAGAAACACCAGGAUAUAUGCCGCCAAUUUGUUUUGCUUUGCAACGCGAUAAAACCAAAGAUGUGUUUGGUAUCAAACCGAUUACUCUAUGCUUACUUGGCAAGAAAUCAUCUACAGGAGUAAUGGACACUGCCAUGGACUGUUUGAUGAAAAAAGGCCCAGUAUAUGUUUUUGUUUUUGUAAAACAUUUCUCAGAUCAAUUUUGA